CAAAAACCGCUCUUUCGUCAACACACACAAAUUCUCCCUCUAAAAAGUAUCAUUUCUCUCUAAAGUCGCUCUUUGUCAUUGAAUCCAAUGGCUUCCAACCGCGAGGAGAACGUGUACAUGGCGAAGCUGGCGGAGCAAGCCGAGCGGUACGAAGAGAUGGUGGAGUACAUGGAGAAGGUGGUGACCGCUGUGGACGGCGACGAGCUGACGGUGGAGGAGCGCAACCUCCUCUCGGUAGCAUACAAGAACGUGAUCGGCGCCCGUCGUGCCUCCUGGAGGAUCAUAUCAUCAAUCGAGCAAAAAGAGGAGAGCCGUGGCAACGAAGGUCAUGUAUCCACUAUUAAAGGCUACAGAUUGGGACGAGAGAUAGGGUUGAAAUGUAUGUCUAUGGCGUAUGUGUUUGAGAACAUCAUGGAGCAUUUUAAUGCAAAUAAUUUAUUUUGUUAUUUGCAGGAUAUUGCAAAUGCUGAGCUGGCUCCAACACAUCCAAUCCGGCUUGGGCUGGCACUCAACUUCUCGGUGUUUUACUACGAGAUUCUGAAUUCUCCUGAACUUGCUUGUAAUCUUGCUAAACAGGCUUUUGAUGAGGCGAUUGCGGAGUUGGACACUCUUGGGGAGGAGUCGUACAAAGAUAGCACUUUAAUAAUGCAGCUUCUCCGUGAUAACCUCACUUUAUGGACUUCAGACAUGCAGGAUGAUGGUUCAGAGGAGAUCAAGGAAGCACCAAAGCCGGAUAACGAGUAGAUUAUUUUUGUGCUUUAGGCAUUGGAUCUUGCUCUGCAUUAUCUUACUGUUCUUUUUUGAAUUCAAAUGAUGCUUAUAUAGUCUGCUUCUCUAGUGAUCACUGAUUUAGAAGGUUUUAUCUCCAUGGUAUUGUUGUUUUCUGUUUUUCAUUUCUCCUCUAAAGAUUAAUGUUGUCCCAAGCUUGCUUUCGGUGGUAUUCAUUAUCUGUUGUAUUUGACAAAGGAAUCCAUCAAUAUUAUGCUUUUAUUUCGACC